GCAUGGGCGACCGUAGUUUUUCAGUUCUGGAUAUCCAGGCUUCCAGUGUGUACACAUUAGGCGGAAGAUUAAGACGGUUAGGGGAGUAUUUCCACCAACGAGUGUCAAGAAGACUUUACCGCCACAGUAAUAUAGACUGUUGAACUCUGGCAGUGACGAGACCUGGAGAAUGUCUGUCUUUGUAUCAUCAUUCCAAAACUAAGAACAGAUCAAAGUGAUUCGUUAUGGAGAUGGACCACGGGAAAGAGGAAUGAGAUAAAGAAAUUGUGGGUAGAGAGGAAGUAGAAGACUUUGGCUUAUCAGUACUUCUUGUGUGAGGUGAGGCGUGUCCAGAGCCAAGAUGGUGUUUUUCGGCAACAAAGAAGAUCGAAGCUUUCUGCUCAACUCCUUCGAGAAGUUCUCCACGAAACCUGAUAUUAAUGAUGCGGCGUACGAGCACGUGGUGGCCAGGAUGGGAGAGCUCAACGGCACCGCCCACGCCCACCACACCGACCUGCUCUUCCUCAAGGGUCUUAUGGACUCCCCCAUUAUGAAGUCCCUCGUCAAGGUUCAAGACACUUUAGAGGACGGUGUGGGAGUAGUGGAACCUGUGUCCUCGGGCAACACCAAACUUACCUCUCAAAUUCGUCAGUUGUGUGAAGGAUCAACGAGUGCUCCUUCACAAGAACUUGCAGAUCUACUUCAUCGGCCUCACCUGCUGGCACUUUUAGAAACCCAUGACACCAUAGCAGAUCGGCGACACACAGGGGACGCAAGCACAUCAAGCAACGGUUACAACUCUGUAAACGGCUGCCACGAGAACGUCACAUUCAUGCCAGAGGAAAAUGGGUAUCCGGUGGACGCCAUUAGAAUGGUGGGCCUCCGAAAAAGACCAGAUGAACCCUUGGGGCUGACAGUGCGAGAGGAUGAAAAUGGUUACAUGGUCAUUGCCAGAAUAAUGGCAGGUGGCACCAUUGACAGACAAGGUCUCCUACAUGUUGGUGAUGCCAUUUGUGAAGUCAAUGGAGUUAAGGUGGCAAAUCUUCAGGGACUGCAUGAGGAAGUGGCUAAGUGCCGUGACUCGGUGACACUGAAGGUGAUACCUGCCCUCCAUGAUCCACCAACCAGCAACCAGGUAACCAGCAGCCUCCACCCAGAUUCUGCCAAGACUGUUUGUUACAUGAGAGCGUUCUACUCCUAUGACCCUGCUGAAGACACACUCCUCCCUACCUGCCCAUCACAAACUCCACAAGACAUUGGCCUCAAAUUUGAAAAAGGAGACAUAUUACAGAUUGUAGAUCAGUCAGACCCCAAUUGGUGGCAAGCUCAAGUGGUGGGAUCUGGCACUAAAAGAACAGGCCUCAUUCCCUCCCAAGAAUUAGAGGAACGGCGCAAAGCCUUUGUUAGACAAGAGUAUGAUUACGUUCACAAGAUUGGUAUUUGUGGUACAAGGAUAUCAAAACGUAAAAAGAAACUAAUGUUUUCCACAAAGAAAAGUACAGAGUAUGAUCAAGCAGAGUUGAUACUGUACGAGGAGGUGGCCCGGAUGCCACCCUUUAUGCGCAAGACUGUUGUGCUUAUUGGUUCUCAUGGUGUUGGCAGAAGAACUAUCAAAAAUCGAAUUAUUGCUUCAGACCCAUCAAAAUUUGGCACCACAUUACCUCACACAUCAAGAACCAUGAGAGAGUUGGAGGAGGAUGGAAAGGCUUACCACUUCACAACCCGGGAAGCAAUGGAAGCAGAUAUCCGUCACCAUCGUUACUUGGAGUAUGGUGAACUUAAUAACAACCUUUAUGGCACCAAGUUGGAUUCAAUUCUAUCAGUUAUCAGAUCAGGGAAGAUGUGUGUACUGGACUGUUCCCCUGCUUCUUUGAAGUAUCUGCGGAAUUCAAGUGAAAUGCUGCCUUAUGUAAUCUUUCUAGCGGCCCCGGGAAUGGAUCAAAUCAAGAGCUUGUACAAUAUUGGCAGUUCUAUGGGCUCCUCUAGCCGAAAUCUUACUUUUGAUCGCAACAGCUCGAUGAGAUACAGCUCCCGGCGUGCCAGGACAUUAGAGUCCCUGGCUUCCUUGUAUGAGGAGGAUGAUUUCAAGCGCACAAUGGAAGAGAGUGCUAAACUACAGCGAGCUUAUGAUAAAUAUUUUGACUUGAUCAUAGAGAACAACGAUCUUAAUGACACUUACCAUGAGAUCAUGGAUGCCAUCGACCGCCUGGCCACUGAGCCUCAGUGGGUUCCUGUUACUUGGGUGUACUAACAUUUUGAAAUGGUUACCUUAAACAUUUGUUAUAUAUAUUUUAUAUUAUUUCCACUGAAAUCUAACUAAUUAUAAAAGUUUUUAAAAAAUUUUAUGUAUGCAAUGUCCAAUAAAUAGGAAGAAUUUA